CCGGUUUUCACUUCCCCGCGCUGGCGGCGCUGCGCGUGCGCGGCGGCAGCGGCGGCGCGGGAAUUGCGCGUGCGCGGGGCGGGCGCGGCUUCGCCAUGGCGGAGGAGGCGGCGGUGCGGGCCCAGGCGGAGACCGUGCGGAGGCUCAAACAGGACAAGGCCGAUGCUGACGAGAUUGCAAAGGAAGUGGCAAAGCUGCUCGAGAUGAAGGCGCAGCUGGGGACAGAUGAGGGGAAGCACAAGUUUGUGCUGAAGACCCCAAAGGGCACCCGGGAUUUUGGCCCCAAGGAAAUGGCCAUCCGUGAGAGGGCCUUCAAAGCCAUCAUCUCCUGCUUCAAGCGCCACGGGGCCGAGGUCAUUGACACGCCGGUGUUUGAGCUGAAGGAGACGCUGACAGGGAAAUACGGGGAAGACUCGAAGCUCAUCUACGAUCUAAAGGAUCAGGGAGGAGAGCUGCUCUCCCUGCGCUAUGACCUGACAGUGCCCUUUGCUCGCUACCUGGCCAUGAACAAGAUCACCAACAUCAAGCGCUACCACAUUGCCAAGGUGUACAGGAGGGACAACCCGGCCAUGACCCGGGGCCGCUACCGCGAGUUCUACCAGUGUGACUUUGACAUUGCCGGGCAGUUUGACCCCAUGAUUCCCGAUGCCGAGUGCCUGAAGAUUGUGCACGAGAUCCUCAGUGACCUGCAGCUCGGGGACUUUGUCAUCAAGGUCAACGACCGGCGCAUCCUUGAUGGGAUGUUUGCAGUGUGUGGGGUCCCGGACAGCAAAUUCCGAACCAUCUGCUCCAGUGUUGACAAGCUGGAUAAGGUGCCAUGGGAAGAAGUGAGGAGUGAGAUGGUGGGAGAGAAGGGGCUCUCUCCCGAGGCUGCCGAUCGCAUCGGGGAGUAUGUCCAGCUCCAUGGUGGGCUGGACCUGAUCGAGCAGCUUCUCCAGGACCCAAAGCUAUCCCAGAACAAGGUGGCCAAGGAAGGGCUGGGGGACAUGAAGCUGCUGUUUGAGUACCUGACCCUGUUUGGCAUCACAGGGAAGAUCUCCUUCGACCUGAGCCUGGCGCGGGGCCUGGACUAUUACACGGGGGUGAUCUUUGAGGCUGUGCUGCUGCAGCAGGACAACGAGCACCUGGAGGAGCCGCUCAGCGUUGGCAGCGUGGCCGGAGGCGGCCGCUAUGACGGGCUGGUGGGCAUGUUUGAUGCCAAGGGCCGCAAGGUGCCCUGCGUGGGGGUCAGCAUCGGCAUCGAGCGCAUCUUCUCCAUCCUGGAACAGAGACUGGAGGCCUCUGAGGAAAAGAUCAGGACAACAGAGACACAGGUGCUGGUGGCCUCUGCCCAAAAGAAGCUCCUUGAAGAGCGACUGAAGCUCAUCUCCGAACUGUGGGAUGCUGGAAUCAAGGCAGAGAUGCUGUACAAGAAGAACCCCAAGCUGCUGAAUCAGCUGCAGUACUGUGAGGAGACAGGCAUUCCUCUCGUUGCCAUUGUGGGUGAGCAGGAGCUCAAAGAUGGAGUUGUCAAGCUGCGGAUCGUGGCAACCAGGGAGGAGGUCAAUGUUCGAAGGGAGAGCCUGGUGGAGGAGAUCAGGAUACGAACGAGUCAGUGUUAACCCUUCAGAUGCCUCUGCUCCUUUGCUGGAUUCCAGCUGACAGAUCUCCUUCCGUAAACGCCUUCACCAGGCUGUGCAGCAGUGGGUGGGGUGUCAGGGUGACUUUGAAAGCUGUAUUUAUUCUUGUCUUAAGCCCUUCCUUCCCUGGUGGGAGCCAAGAGGCUGCACUGACUCCUGUGCCAUGCCCUGGCCCUUGAGAUGUUGCUGGGAAGAUGUUGUGGAAGUGGCUGUGGCAGAUGCUGGCUGCACGAAUGCCGCAGCGACCCAUGGAGCAGCACGCUGGCAGCAGAUCCCGGGGGUUUGGCUGCAGCUUCUUGUUCCCAUCACUUUGAAUAACCAUCCCAGCCCAUCUCUCUGCUCUGGCUGCAGGGGGUAACCUUAUCCCCAGCAACAUGUAAUGGCGCUGCUCCCAGAAACAUAAUAAAUCUGUCUGUCCCCUGCUGUGA